UAACUUAGGUUCAAGCGCGGCACUACAUCCAAAAUAACAUCUUAAUCGUUGUUUUUUUUUUUUUUUAAGUUUGAGAGAACCUAACGCAUGGCGAAAGAAAACCCAAACUUCAAGUGCUUGCUUACUGCAGUUAUACUGUGUAGUGUAUUCAAGAGGAUCUGAUUAACCAACGCUGUUGUACAAAACGUUAUAUGUGUAGUACCAAAACUGACCUUUUAGAGGUGGUAUGGUAACAAGGGGUAUGCAGACUGCCUGAAAAUACAAAGAAGAAGACGUAGUAGUGGUGAUAAAGUAAACAAACUCGGCUGUUAAUCGAUUAACUUUUACCUACAUUUUGUUGGCAAAUUAUUGCCCCCCCCCAGUAAAAAAGCGUUGUAAAUUGUCUAUUGUUGCCACAAGAUGCCAGCAGAAUGCUAUUUUCAAAUUAAACAAGAAGAUGGCCAAGUUUAACGAAGCCCUUCCCCUUACUUUAAGAGAUGGCGCCCCCUGCUGUGAUGGUGUUGUUAUUGCUGGCCCUUCAGUGUGUGGCGGUACUUAGCGUUCACAAACAUGAUGACUUGGGACACCAGCUGAAUUCUGAGCACGACGUAAACGUUCUGCUAGGAGAGGAGGACACUGAGGAGUUAAAGAAACUAAGCCCAGAAGAGCAGAGAAAGAGAAUGAUGGAAAUUGUGAAGAAGAUUGACAAAAACGGAGACAAUUCCCUUAGCGCGGAGGAGAUUGCGCUAUGGAUUCAGCAUGUCUACAGAAAAUAUGCCCUGGAUGAUGCAGAGGAGCGUUUUGCCGAAUUCGACACCGACAAAGACGGUAUAAUUUCGUGGGAGGAGUACAACAUGGCUGCGCACGACCAGCUCAUCAGUUUGGAUGAAAGUACAGUUUUGGAUGAUCCAGAGCAAGAGUCUCUGCGACAUCUCCACCUGAAGGAGAGGAGGCGCUUCAAUUUCGCCAACCAGGACGGCACACCGGGCCUCAAUCUGACCGAGUUCCUGGCCUUCACCCACCCGUCUGAAGUGGAUUACAUGGCUGAUUUUGCGAUCGAAGAUGUGCUGACUGACUACGACUCGGAUCAGGACGGAUUGAUCGAUCUGAAGGAAUUCAUUGGUGACCUUCGACCUGAAGAGGACGCCCCAUCGCAGUGGGAGGUUGAGGAGACCGUGCGAUUCAAGGACCUCUACGAUCAAGACAAAGACGGCAAGUUGAACCGAGAGGAGCAACUCCGCUGGAUCGCGCCCAACAGCUACGGCGCUGCUCGGGAAGAAGCUCUUCACCUCAUCAAGGAGCUGGACCAAGAUGAAGACGGACAGAUCUCCGAGGGUGAAGUCUUGAAAAACCCGGACACCUUCAUGAACAGCGAAGUGACUGAUUACGGCAGACAUCUGCACUUGUCGCACGAUGAAUUAUAAUUUCGGUCGAUCUUUAUUUUGUCAUUUUCUGCCACGUCAAGCGUUAUUCGGAUGAACUCGAACCGGCGUUAAGGUCCUCGUGACACUGGCGAGGGACUUUCUAAACUAAGACAACGCUCAGCAGGAAUGGUUAUCGCGACCUUGUGGGAAAACAAAGUGUCGGCCCACUUGUCUUUAGCUGCUGCACGCACUCUUCCUCUUUUCAAACAAACGAGCGACGCGCUGUGUGACGGCUCGUUUCCUGGAACGUUUCACUUGCGUCCAGCGAGCCGCCCGCCUGGCAAAACGCGCUGCCUUUCCGAGGGGCAUUAAAGAAGGUCCAAGACUUCUCCGGAGGGGAACCACUCAGGAUGGAGUUAGAAUUUAAGGAUGGCUUUUGGGUGAGCAUCUGCCACAAUUAUAUAUAUAUAUAUAUAUAUAUAUAUACACACACACACACACAUGUGUGUGCGUACAUAUACAGUACUGUAUACACAUUCUGAUGUUUUGGUUUGAGGAUCAAGCUGACUGUUGAGCGCGACAUUUAAUCAGUCACUAAAGUUUUCUACACGGUUUAACAAAAGGUUUAAAAGUUAACAGAAGGAGCUUACAAAAUGUACUAAAGGAGAAUUUCACUAUAAUGUAAAACUGAAGUACUAAAGUGUCCGCUUUCUUCAUAUAUGUACGGCUAAUAAAUGUCCCAAAAAAUUGUUAGUUACAUGCUGGGCGGUGGCUUUGAAUAUUGUUUUUACUAUGUCAGUACAUCUGAUUGACCAGAGGAAGAGCAUGCUUGGUUAAGUUUUGUAUUUGUCAUUUCUUUCUCAAAUAAUAAAAUUAUUUCCACACAA